ACGCUCGAUGUGUCCACCGGAGGCAAGGUAGCCUUGGACGAGCUGGGACCAAUGGUGGUCAACAAGGACGGCACCCUCUCUCGCAUACACAAUUGGGCAGGCAUGACAGAGGCAGAGCGGGCGCGGACUUUGCGGGUGCUCGGCGCUCGCAAUCAGAUUAGGAUGGCCGAGAUUCGGCGCGGAGAA